AUGAUGCUACACAAUGACAACGAUCAUAAAAAUGAAGAUUCUGAACCAUGUCUACCACCCAGCAGCUGUCAGAAAUCUCAAAUAGUUUCAUCGUCCGCGUCAAUACCUGCAUCGCCACCGACACAAUCGACCAUAACACUACCACUACCACCAGCGACCACAACAACAACGAAAAAGAAGAAACCUCGAAAUUCACACGAUCUGCUACUCGAAACUCUAGAUAUACUCCUGUCCUGCUUCGUUGUGGCACCCUGUGUCAUUGCCUAUUGGCGUGGCACCUGGGAAUUAAUCGGUGUGCUACUGUUUCCUCAAAAUGUGCCACUAUCGGCGCUAUGUUCAUUUCUUAUCGGGGGCACUGGGCAUUUCGUGUUCACGCUGACACAGCGAUUUUUUGUCAAUAACGUACAUCCUGACAAACAUCGUCUCACCUAUUAUGUAAUCUCACGUUGUUAUACCUUUGUGUUCGGUAUUGUUUGUGUGAAUAUGUGGCGGGGGUCAUGGGUCUUGUGCGAUUGGUUAACCAGUGCCAGUUCGCUGAUUAUCAUUUGUAUAGUAACCUCGGUGGCGGUGCUAUUUCUAAUUGCUACGCGAACUGUGAGAAAUUUGGGUGCGGCACCAUAUUCGGUGAUUAUGGAUCAUAAGAGUGAUUAUUUUGAUGUUGAGACAAUGUUUAAGAUAUCGGGUUUUCAACAACCUGGCCUCUAUGUCAUGGAUACCUUAUUUUCGAUAUUUGUUAUUGGUACCCUGGUGGUAAUCGCAUGGAGAGGUUUAUGGGGUAUUAUGGAUUUAACAGUAUAUCCAAAUGAAAAAGCCAAAUCGGCAUGGUCAUCAUUGAUAAUGGGUUAUGUUACAGUGGGUUUUACAUUUAUCCUGCAUCCCUUUGUACGCUGGGUUUGCAAACGCAUUGAUGGCAUCUUCAAAUUGAUAUUUUGCGAUAUUUAUUAUUUUGCGGAAUUUUUCGGUGCCGUAAAUGCAUGGCGUGGCAUAUGGAAUCUAUUGGAUGUAUACGUUUAUCCAGAUAAUCUCAUCUUGAGCUACUGGCUAACACAUGUCAUUCCAUUCUUGAUUUUGGCUGCCCUGAAAUGUUCCAAUUCCAUAUUGGUACGCGGUGUUUACUUGGAUGCCGACGGUGUGGGCGGUGAAUGUGUCGAUAUACCCAUACACUAUGUACGCUUACAUUUUGAACGGGAACGUAAGAAACGUUCGGCCGGCUUCUCGUAUGGCCAUCAAACGAAACCAACGAAUCUUUUAGUUAAGACACCUAACGAUAAGAAUGCCCAAAGAGUUCUAAUUGAGAAACCCUCGAAAUCGGAGAAUAAAAUACAAUCUGGCAUGGAUUCGGCCACGCAAUUGGUUUGAUCCA